AACUUCAUGAAGUCAUUUUGUUCAUCAUUGUGGAGUUGCUCUCUCCCAUGUUUUCUCUUCAAGAUUAAAACAUCUUAGUAUUCAGAUUGACUAACCUAGUAGGCAACAUAUCACCGUCUUAACCACAUUUCAACAAAAACGUGGUGAGAAGUCCCAAUUCAUCAACAACACACCCACUACAAUCUGACGGUGGAAAACCUGAUAUAUGAAGGGGAAAAAAUGAUAUUACAAUGGCAUUGACACUGGUACUGAUUUAUUUUUAAAAUUUUUGUAAUCGUUCUAUUAAGGUCCUACUACUUACAUUAUGCUAACCUCCUUUAAUGAGGCUUCACCGACCUUAAGACUGACAAUUUCUUACCAAGUUCUCAACUUGGGAACUUAAACCCUUAGCUUGGAAAGUAUCUAUAAACAUCUCAGACCCUUACUUUAGGACAUUCGUUCGAGUAAUUGGUGCUAAUACUUUUAACCACCAGUUCAUAAUCAGUUCAUGUAACGGGUGAUAUUUAACCAUUAGAAAUUAUAGAGAAAUAUUUAGGUCCAUUUGAAAACUGGAAUAAAAACGUGUGGACAACUUAUUAGUUUAUUAAGAAAGAAGAAGGUACAUCAUUAUUAUUUUUCUAUCUUCCUCCUUUUUCCUCCUACCAUUUCCAUGUUUAUCAGGGUCAACUUUUUUGGAGGGAGGGAUUUUCCUUUCCAAAGUGGUUCUAAUGUCAAAGUAUUAACUCCAAAAACUUACAUUUACUGCUGCAAAGGUAUAUACCAUGAUCAUUGGUAUUCUUUCAUCCAGUUUUCUUUUGAUUUCCUUUCAUAUGUUAGCUCACAUCAUUGCAGUUCUUCUAAAUCCAGAGAUGGUAGGAACGAAGACAAAGCACGGCGUUGUCUUUGCCUGAGAAAAACUGAGUUUUGAAGAAAUUCAGCAGGAAAAGAAGUUUCUCCAACAUCACAAAAAUGCCAUUUCCUCCAGUUACUUGUUGUGAAAACCAUAUAGUGUGCUCUGGAUGUAAAAUUCUGUUGAUCUAUCCUGCCGGAGCAACCUUCAUUUGCUGUGCUCUUUGCCAUACUGUAUCUCCUGUCCCAACCUCUGGCUUAACGAUGGCUCGGCUGGUGUGUAGUGGCUGCCACACCCUUCUCAUGUACAGUCGUGGGGCGACAAGUGUUCAGUGUUCUUGUUGUCGUACUGUAAAUGCAGCCUCCGAAGCAAAUCAGAUGGCUCACAUCAACUGUGGGAACUGUAGGGUGGUGCUGAUGUACCAAUUUGGGGCACACUCAGUUAAAUGUACACUUUGCAAUUUUGUGACCUCUGUUGGGAUUUGAAGGGUAUUUGUUUAACUACAACAAUUAAUGGGGGAGAUCGAGCUUUAAAGGAAUGCAUGUCAAUUAUUGGAAGUUAUUCUAUCGAUAAAGAGAACUUGUUAAAGAAAGUUAAUUAAAGAGAGCUUGUUAAAGAAAGUUAGUAGAAUCAAUCUCAUAAGAGAUCAUGAUAUUUAUGUUAUUUAAUAUCUUUAUAAUUUUCUUUUCUA